AUGGGGAUGGGGAGCGCAGGGGAUGGGGAGCGGAGGGAUGGGGAGCGGAGGGAUGGGGAGCGGAGGGAUGGGGAGCGGAGGGAUGGGGAGCGGAGAGAUGGGGAGCGGAGGGAUGGGGAGCGGAGGGAUGGGGAGCGCAGGGAUGGGGAGCGGAGGGAUGGGGAGCGGAGGGAUGGGGAGCGGAGGGAUGGGGAGCGGAGGGAUGGGGUGCGCAGGGAUGGGGAGCGCAGGGAUGGGGAGCGGAGGGAUGGGGAGCGGAGGGGAUGGGGAGCGGAGGGAUGGGGAGCGGAGGGAUGGGGAGCGGGGGAAUGGGGAGCGGAGGGAUGGGGAGCGGAGGGAUGGGGAGCGGAGGGAUGGGGAGCGGGGGGAUGGGGAGCGGAGGGAUGGGGAGCGGGGGAAUGGGGAGCGGAGGGAUGGGGAGCGGAGGGAUGGGGAGCAGAGGGAUGGGGAGCGGGGGGAUGGGGAGCGGAGGGAUGGGGAGCGGGGGAAUGGGGAGCGGAGGGAUGGGGAGCGGGGGCGACUCGUUCUGCAGGCGACGCGAAGGAGGGGAGGGAGGAGGGAGGAGGGAGGAGGGAGGGAGGAGGUAGAUACAUCCUCAGUUGGUAUUAUUUCCGGGCGGGCACGGGCGGCGGCAAGAACAUGUGGCUCAUCUACCUGCCGGGCGGCGGGUGGUGUGGCACUGCCGCCCAGUGCGUGGCGAGGAGCAAGACGCUUUACGGGACCAGCACGCUGUAUCCUACCGACCCUGAACCCAACGCGGCUCUCCGUCCCCCUUUCAACGGCAUUCUCAGCAGCAACAGCACCAUCAACCCGCCUUUCUACAACUGGAACCUCGUUCGUCUCAUCUACUGCGAUGGUUGCGGCUACUCGGGCACGGCAGGGAGGCUUGAGGCUGACAGCAAUGGCACGGUACUUUACCUGGAUGGCAGGAACAUCGUUCAAGCGGUGAUAGAGGAUCUGAAAGCUAAGGGGGGAAUAACAUCGGCAGCGCAGAUUCUCCUGUCGGGCAGCUCAGCGGGCGGCCAAGCAGUCGUGUCUCUCUGCGAUCGCAUCGCUGCCGCCUUCCCCUGGGCGCCAACCAAAUGCAUCGCCGACGCUGGCUUCUUCAUCGACUCCAAAGACCGAGUGGGUGGGUACACAUGGCGCAACACUGUGAAGGAUGUUGUUGCUCUGCACAAGCCGAGCUGGCCAAUUUGCCAAGAUGGUGAGAUGAGAAAGGGGGAGAAGGGGCGAGAAGGGGCGAGAAGGGGAGAGAAGGUGGGGAGAAGGUGGGGAGAAAGAGAAGUGGGAGGGGGGAAGGAGUAG